AUGGAUGAGUGGGGCAGUAAAGUCAGCAGUUCCCGCGAAUCCUCUGAAAAGUCGUUCUACGAACGGAACGGCAUCGCCGCCGACGGAUGUUACUCGAAUGCGGUUUUCAACGACAGCAGUGACACGCUCGGAGACGAGGAGGAGAUGGCGGCUGUCAUCGGCGGGGGCCGUACUCCCGUCGGCAACGAUCCGUCACGCUCAGGCAUCGGCAACGUCCAGCAACCGUUCCGUCGGAGCCAUUCGAUGCGAUCGUCAUUCAAUUCGCUGCGCAGCCUUCGAACUCGACUGAAGCCAAGCGCUUCCGGUGGUUCCGGUCGGAUCGUUCCCGUAAACUACUCGCAUCUGCCAGCGGUCGGUGAUUUGGCCCAGUCCUCUCCGGUCGGUGCCGGGAGAAGUAACAGCAGCAGCAGCAGCAGCAGCCUCAGCAGCAAAAGCGGAAGUGGCAUUCUGCGGAACGCGAGUUUUUCCCGCCCGAACCAUGACGAUGUGCGGCGCAGUUUGCGCCACAAGCUGCACAAGCUGAAGCUCACCUACACCGAGCUGCGUCGGCUGCACGCGAAGGUCCUCCAGGAGAAGCGUACCGUCGACGAGGAAGCGGACGAUGGUCCGCCGGUUCCGAGUCUUCCGGCGAACGUUCCGCCCAAAGCGGCCGCCUUGCUGAUGGAGGGUUUCUGUCGCUCGACGACCGUCCAGAGCUCGCUGAAAGUGCACCGACGACCACCGACCGACGCCACCGUCACGCCACUCGCCCGCUCCCAGUCGGUGCGGGACAAGGAAAACCGACCAGAAGACAUUCCGAGUGGGCAGCAGCUCAAGUUGACUGUUGUUAGGAAACAGCCAACCACCUUCGCCAAUCCUUCUGCCGCGAAACCCACCGUCGUCGGUGGAACUCCACCGGAGCAGGAGCAGCAAGGACAUCUCCCCGUUGUUCAGGAGCGACCGACGGUGACAGAACCGACACACCAGCAGCAACGUCCGGCUUCGCUCACCGUCACGCGAACGGCCACCAUACGGAAAGGUUCCGUGUGGGCGAACAAUAGCACCAAGAUAAGCCUGCCGGAUCUGGUCACGCGGUCCCUGUCGAACCUAGAGUUUCCGAGUUGUCGCCUCACCUGCCCGACAAUCCCCUGCCCAGGCUCCGGUGUGUCAUCACCCCGCCAAAAGUCCUGCGACGGCUCCACCAACUCGCUGGCCACGAUCGAGACGCAAACCGGGACCGCAUCCGCUCAAUCACUCCCCAGCGCCGUACAUCAGCAGGGAGUCGGCUCCCAAAACGUGACCGUUGUGUACGAAAAUGAAACCGAUCGUCGAAAGCUGGCCGGUUCCCUGCCGUCGGUAACGUCGUCCGCACUCGAUCGCAUCUCGAGCGUAAGCUCACCGAACCUCUCAAGCGUAUCGGCUACAACUACCGGCCCGAGGAUGGAAUACCUCCUACCGCACCAGCAACAUCCGCCCGGUGCGGAACACCAGGAACCGUCGGUGCACGUACCGAAGCGCCACCUGUCGCCGAAGAUCGGCAAGAAAACGCGUCACCUCUCGACCAGCUCGGUGGACGAGGCGUCCGAUGGAGGAGGCGGUGUAGGUGGGCACCAUCACCGCAAGCCGACCGCAAACCACGCCAGCAGCGCCAACGGGGAAGCGGAGCGGAACGCCCGGAACGCACAGCACUUGCUGCUGCUGCGCUCGAACCGACUGACCGUGAGCGACAAUCAUAAUUUGAGCGGGCCGGGUGGUGUGACGGUCACCAACUCCGUCGACGUGCUGGCGGUGCACAACGCCAAGAGUGUGUCCCCGCUGCCCCCGUACCAGUCACAGCAGUCCCCGCAAGCGGCCACGAUCGCCCCUCCGUCGUACUGGAAGCAGAAGAAGCAGCCGACGAAGAAGCAGCACAAGCAGCUGCAGGCACAGUUGGACAAACUGACCCAAAUUAACAUCCAUCUGCACGCUCUUUUCUCGGCCGUCGAACAUGGACACCUGGAAAAGGCACGCACCAUCCUGGAGAGCACGGACGUGGAUGUUAACAGCCUCAACAGUGACGGCCUCACGCCACUGGACGUGGCCGUGCUCAGCAAUAACCGAUCGAUGACCAAGAUGCUGCUGCAGCAGGGCGCCAUCGAGAACGCGCACUCGGUGCAAGCGGCCAACAGCAACAUGGGACUGCAUCUGAACAAUCUGCUCUGCGAAGCCGAAGCGACCGUGCACGAGCUGGGAAACUUCGACACCAAUCAGGCGAGCGCGACCGGCAACGAGCGAACCGGGUCCGGAACCAACGCCGGCAAAACAUCCUUCUCAAAUAUCAUCGGCAGCAGUGGGCCAUCGGUGACUAGCUGCACCGGCAACGAGAUCGACAAGCAAGUCGGACUGUGGGAACGGCGUGUCAAGGGCCUCCGGCGGAUGAUACUCGGCUGGGAGCAAACCAAACCGCCCGACGUGCCGAACCGGAUCGAUAUCGACGUCACCGGGUGCAGUGCGGUCAGCUUGCGGUUGUACGAACCGCUGGAAGGUGCCAUAACGACCAAAUUCAAAGUGCAAUGGUCUUCCCGGUCGGACUUCAGCAACGUGGUGGGCGAGCGGGAGAUCAGCGAAUGGUGCAGCUUCCACGGGUGCAUGGGCGCGGUCUGCAAUCUGAACGAGCUGAUACAGGGCCGGCGAUACUUCUUCCGGGCGUGCGCCGGCAACGUGAAGGGCUGGGGACCGUACAAACUAUCCGUCCCGAACUGUGUCGUGCCGUCGAGUUGGCGUGAUGUGGAGGGACGCGACAACCGAUUCGCCGGCAAGCAGCGCAAUCUGGACGAGCUGUUCAACGCGGUCCGGCUGGCACGGCCCGAGGACGCGUCCGAGAUCGCCCUGGACAGUACCGGGCAGCAGCAGAAGCGAGCGACGAAGAAGAAAACCACCAUCAAGCAGCUCUUCUCGGCGGCUUCCAAAUUUCAGAAAAAUCUCAAACGAGGAAUUUACUUAGCCUGCGUCCUGUACCACGAGGAUAAACUACUGCUCACCAACGAAGACUUUGUGCCGGUAAUUGAGAUUGAUGAAACCUUCACCAGCAAUCUGCACACAGAUUUCUACUGGCUGAUGAAGGUGGCCUGCACUUGGGACGACGUGAAACUGCUACGGAUGGACAUGGAACGGAACGCCUCGUCGGCGAUACACUUCCGCACGAAGCUCCUGUCGGCCGCCUGUCAGAUGCAGUCCGCCCUUUCGAUUACCGACCUCGGCCAACUGUUCUACCGACCCCUGCGGGACGUGCACGGUACCGUUGUGCUGUCCUGUGUUAACUGUAUUAAGAGUCCUAAAGCGGUAUCGGUGCUAAACUCCCGUUGGAUACCGCUGAACAAGAUCCACAAGAAGCUGGCCCUCUCGACGGAGGACAGCAGUAUCAACGAAAUACUGAUGAACUCGAUCCAGGAGCAGAUCAACUACCAUCAGGUCUCCAACAUACGGCUCUCCCGGGGGUUGUACGUCGGGUACCUGAAGAUGCAGAGCUCGGUGGAUGUGAUACAGGUGGUGGUACCGGUGAAGACGCCCAACGUACUGCCGCACUGCAAAAUCCGUGACAAUCCUCAUGUGUCUGCAGAAGAGUGGGAAUUGAUAAAACAGCACAAACCAUCCAGCAUAUUGGAGUUCCGACCAAAGCACCAAGGACCGACGGAGGUACAGUUGCACUUUCUCGAGAUGCUCACCAAAGCCGUGCACAAUCUGUUCCAGUAUAUGGAUAUUCCGGUGGAUGUGGCGGUUGCGCAUCGACUGUACGACAUCGAGGUGAUCGAGCUGAACAGCGACGUCAGCUUCCUUAUUAUCUGUCCUCCGGCCGAGAGUAGCUGUGCGGUACCGGGUCAGAAGGAGAGUUUACUGCAACGGGGUGACCUGCUGUCAAUGCCCAUCCAGGCGUUCGAGAUGAUCCACCUCAAGACGUACCAGGGUAGCAUUAUUCAGAAGUACUCGAGGUUGUCCUGCAUCCUGGAACUUGACACGAUGCUAGCGAACCACCUGCACCGUGAAGCAUUCAGCAGUUCCGAGUUGCAGAAGGCGAAAGAUCGACUGGCGAAGCUUCAGGAGCUAUCCGGGGGGCUGAACACGAUCUGGAAGGGGGUCCGGUGGCUGAUGGAUGUGAUCGGGUAUGCACGUGAUCGAGCCAACAUGCCGGAGUUGAAUAUGAAGCAAAUACUGGACUACAAGAGCACCUACUUUGGCAAGCUACCGAAGGGUGGCGGGGACAAGAAGAAAGGCGGCAGUGAAUCGCAGCUGCUUCAUCCGCCCGGAAACGCAGGCCCGAAUAGUUUCCACAAAAGCAGCCCGGGACGAGGGUCGUGGCCAGGCCCGGCGGUGGAACACACACUCGGCCAUAACGGGCUGCUCGACGCGGAAUACUCCAAAUCGGAGCAGCUGCUCAAAUACAAUAGUGCGCGCUUUCUGAACGUAAGCCAGGCGGGGUCGCGUAAAAACAGUGCCGAUUCUGGGUCCGGUGCCACUCACAGUAGUUACUAUUCGGUGACGGGUGUGGAGCCCGAGAAGGAGUUUGCCGUGGUACAGCGGUUGCCACCGUCACGCUCCGAAGACACGCUCAAUAGCUCCUCGCAUCAUCAUCAUCUUCAUCAUCAUUCGUCCGAUGGUAAAACAGGUGGACCAGGUGGGAUGGGUGGCACCGGUGGCAGUGGUGGAAAGAAAAACCGCCCACCGACCAUUUACUCCAGUUACUCGGCCACGUCUAGUCCACUGCUGAACGUUCGCUCGCCGUUUCUAGUACCGAUGGUUCCCGCGACGACGACCACCACCCCGAUAACAACGCCUAUCGAGGACGUAGAAAACACCAAUCGACAGCUGCCAAGCAGUAGCACGAGUGCUCCAGCACCCCAGCCUUCCGGACCGUUGAAACUGUUUGCGAAGAAAAGUCGCGAUCAGGCACUCAAAGCGAUCAACUUCAUCGAGCGUGAGCUGCAGCAGGAAAUGGAGAUCUUCGAGGAAACGAAACCGAUCCUCACGACAACGUACCUUAAGCCGACGCUCGCCGCACUGCAGAACGAGGCCAAAUCGUACCAACCAGUGGAACCGGAGCGUGAACCGGUAACGAUCGUAACGACGACGUCAGACUCUACCACAUCCGGUGCGUCGUAUGCAACGGUUCCCGAUCAGCCACCGGCCGAAGGUGCCCCGGCAGAAGCUACCAGUGGUGCUGCCGGGACGAUUGUAUCUACCGCCACCAGUAUCCUGCAGGUUUACGCCGCUUACGAAACGGGCCUUCCGAGUGGGACCUCCCUAAAGCUGCGUGUCACACCCAAAACGAGCGCCCGGGAGGUGAUCGACCUGGUCGUCAAGCAGCUCAACAUGGCCGUAGUGCUAAAAGGACGCGAAGGACCGAUCUACACACCCGAGCGGUUAGAUAAUUUCUGCCUGGUCGCGGUGAUCGGAGCCCGGGAGCGUUGCUUACGGGACGACUUUAGACCGCUGCAACUGCAAAAUCCCUGGCGCAAAGGACGACUGUACGUACGCCAGAAACAUGACCUGCUGGCCGCCAUCGAACACUCCAACCGCGACUCGGCGGACAUCUGAAUCGAAACGACCCAUGACAAAAGCAAAUGAUAACGAUGAUGUGAUAAUUCAAACGUUGGAUUGAUUAAGUUUUUCCCCAGUUCCCCCCAGCGGGUUGUUGUUUGAAGCCUUUGUUAUGCCCGCAGCGUGCGCUUAAUCAUUGUAGAGGGAAUGUCUCUCAUGUUUGUAAAUUAUUUGCACUCUUCUGUACAUUAUGUAAAGCUGUACCGAACGUACGGUCGUAAGGAAAUCCGUGUUUGGCGUUAAGGUUAAAGGUUGCGUGAGGGGACAAAACACAAAAAAGCAUUCGAAGGCAUUACAAAGGGAGGUCUUUCUGUUUUAUUGUUUCUGUUUGUACUUUACAAAAUUACUAUCGGUAGAAAUAGCAGUAGCUCGAUGAGAAUCAUGUAAGCAAACGAAUACAGAAAACGAAAUGCAGCAUGCACCACGUGCGCACUUAGACAUCAAAGUGAAGUAGGAAACCCAAUUUUGAAUAUGCAAAAGAAAAUAUAUUUAGCUACGUGUGGCAAGGAGAAAAAUACCAAAAAGAAUCAAAUCGAAUCAAACCGAUCCUUCAAAAUGGAACAUUUUAUCGUAACAAUUCUCCCCCGAUAGCUUGUAGCGUUUAGCGUUUAGGUAACAACGGUGGCCAACCGCCACCGGUAAUCUUGUUGUAUAGGAACGAAACACCCGUAAUACUUGACACGAAUGAAUGCUAGACUGUGGAAACUAGACUGUUAAAUGGGCGCAAAAGGGCAUGCGUCCAGUUAUGUUGGACGACAGUCUCUGGUGGGACAUGCCCGCGUGACUAUGGAAAAUCAAUUACUCUCAACUGAAAAAUGAUAGAUGUGUUGUUUUGUUUUUUCCUUUUAUACAGAGCGUACACGAGCCUUGGUUGAGGGAUAGGCUCCGAGGGCUAGCAAAUGUUAAUGCUGUAGAAUGCUUAGGAGAAAAACUAGUGCGUAAUCAGAUUAGACACAAACACAGCCCGGGAAAAGAUUCAAAUCGUUUUAAAACAUAAAAAGGCACAGGAAGAGUAAGCAUGACAGGUCCACGAUGGAGCAGCUGUGUUUUGGAACGGAAACAUUAAGCAGAUGCGUUGCGUUUUGCAUUGAAAUAACGAUCUCACUAAAUGGCAGGAUGAUGGUGACGAAGAUGGCUCAUAUUUGGCCAUUGAUGUCUUGCCUAAUGUCCCUUGAGUAGAACGAUUUUAUCUCAACCCCAUACGCGAGAAGAAUUUUAAUCGAAACCUAAACACACACGAUAGAGGCACACUACUAAAACCACAGUUUUAAACUAUCUCAACCACAAUACCAAUAGUAUCGAGCUUAGAACACUUUACCAUUUUUAGAACGUUGCAUUCUGGAGGAAAACUAUAAGUUUCCAGAAGAGAGUUUCAAGACCAGUUUCAAACCAAACCACAUCCGUUUUGCGCCACACAUCAGUUUUCCGAGUUAAGAAGUCUCCCAUUAUCAACUCCUCGUAGAUAGAACAAUUGUAAAAGAACGAUCCGCACUUUAUAUUUGAUGAGCCAUAGACAUUCAAUACACGCCCAUCCAAGGAAGCGACGGAACAGCCAGGGAUGGGUUGAAAAGGAUAUAGCGCACGAUAUUUCUUUAACGAUAAAUAUAUUUUUUAGAUGCAAUUUCUACCAAUUUUACACAAUAAUUAAGGUAACGUAGUUUUGGUUGGAAUUGCCACAGUUUGAAAAUGGGGAAAAAGUUGCAAAAACAUUAGUAUCAAAAGAACCAACCGGGAGCACAGUUCGUUGCAUCCCCAACAUCCACUCCAUACACCAAUUUGUACUACAGUAUAGAAGAAAGAUAGUUUCAAUGGUAUUGAAUAUGAUAUUAUUGAACAAAAUUUAUAUUCCUAACGUUUUUUGUUUGUAUCGGCAAAUGGAUUAUCCUUAAAUCCGAUGGAUUAUCCUUAAAUUUAUAUUCCUAACGUUUUUUGUUUGUAUCGGCAAAUGGAUUAUCCUUAAAUGCCAUGCCCCAAACGAUCUCAAAACCAGCGUUGAACAAUGGCAUUCAAAAUGAUCGUUCACAUAAUGGUGAGCUUGUCCUAGAUUUUCACAUUCACCUGCUACGACACAAUCAAGCGAUUGUUCUUGUUCCUGUAAUUGAACUAAAAUAGAAUUGGGUUGGAGUAUCACUGAAGACAGCUAGGGGGCUAGGCGAGUAGAAUAUUUAGGAGACAUGCAAGUAUGUAAUUAGAAUUCCUCGUUCCCAACCCCGUCCGUCGUCGAGUUCACAAGGACACGACCCAUUGGAGGGAUUCCAUGCAAAAAAAAAACCAACAAAAACAUCCAAACAACGUGCAGCA